UUAUAGAGGACUCACAAAAAUGAACAACUCUAGCUUGCUUCUUCUUACUGUCAUUAUAUCAGCAUGUGCAGCACAGCAAGUAUACCUCUCCCUGGGAUAUGGAUCAACCAACAUCAUGACUAACAACACUGAGAUCCUCAUCACUGAUAUUGGAGAGGAUGCGGGUGGUUUGCCUUCUCUCAUCUGUCAUACUGACUUCACUGCCUGCUGUAGAAGUUAUGCCGAGAACAAUGGUAAUGGAGGACUAGGACAGUGGACGUAUCCUAAUGGGAGUGUGAUACUGAACAAUCCUGGGUCAACGGCUGUUGGUGAGCUGUUCUACAUUGUGAGGAAUGCUCCACAACUGAUCAGACUGGCUCGUAGACAAUCUAGCAACCCUUUGAGUCCAACUGGAUCCUACUGCUGUACUAUACCCACUACUGGAGGGGAAAUGAUAUUCUGUGCCAAACUUGUUGUGUGUUUGUCCUUCCCUCCCCUGACCAAUGGGAUGAUCUCCUACUCUGACCCAACACCGGGUGUAGGAAGCAUGGCUACCUUCAGCUGUGAGCCUAGAUACCGCCUUAUUGGCGAGAAUACUAGAACUUGUCAUGAUGGAUGGAGUGGAUAUAACUCAUUCUGUCAAGUUUUCUCCUGUGGCUCUCCACCGCCUAUUUUCAAUGGGUCUCUUGAAGUCCCAGUGAAUGUGACCAUUGGAUCAUCAGUAACAUACGAUUGUAGCACAGGAUAUGAACUGGUAGGAUCAGCUAUAAUUCAUUGCCAGUCAACUGGAAGAUGGACUAUGAGACCAAGGUGUCUUCUGAUCAUUUGUGGAGCACCUCCUCCUAUUCUAAAUGGAUCUCAUGCAAUACCGAGCACCUUUGUGCUCGGAGGUAAUGUGAGCUACAGCUGUGAUUAUGAAUACGAGUUCUCUGCUGGAGUGAGAGUGACAAAUGCCACCUGCCAGGCUGAUGGAAAUUGGACCUCUCUGAUUUGCAAACCUGUAACCUGUGGCCCGCCUCCCCCUAUUCCCAAUGGAUCUCCUGGGACACCAACAAGUACAAUACUCAGAGGGACAGUUAUCUACAGCUGUGACUCUGGAUACGAACUGUUCGGAUCAACUACAGCAACUUGUGAAGCUAGUGGGAGUUGGACUUUACGGCCAAUUUGUGCAGGUACACUCGUAUUCAAUAUUCAAAUAAUUAUGUUGCAUUCAGCUGUUUCCUGUGGCCUUCUUCCCACUAUUACUAAUGGAUCUCCCAGGACACCAACCAGCACAACAUUUGGAGGGACAGUGACAUACAGCUGUGACACUGGAUACAAACUGGUACCAUUGACAGCAGUGACUUGUCAGGCUAGUAGGAGGUGGAGUACACUACCUAUGUGUACAAUUGUCUCUUGUGGACUACCUCCUCUUGUUGCAAAUGGUUCAUGUGUUCACUCUGGUUUUACAUUCGAAGAGAACGCUAUCUACAAUUGUGACAAUGGGUAUAAUAUUUCUGGUACUUCUACUAUCAGUUGCCAGGCGAAUGGGAGGCGAAUGGGAGGUGGGAAUCGGCACCUACAUGUACUCCUGUUUCUUGUGGCUCCCCUCCUGCAAUUUUGAAUGGAUCUUCUACCACACCUGCUGAAGUAGUUACAUUUGGGGAAACUGUGACUUACGAAUGUGAUACUGGUAAUGAGGUGUCGGGAUCAUCUACUGUAAC